AUGUCUUCGUCUGAGAGUGGACUGUCUGAUACUGUCGACCCCAUGGCCAUUGUUUCUGAUGAUGAGAUCGUCCUAGAGCCAAAGAUCUUUACCUCCGAGCCUGAGAGUGACCUGGAGAUGAUGUCGGAUGACGACGACGAUUUCCAGCCUUUUGCGCUUCCCAACUUUGGCGAUGAUGACCAUUUCAUCCUCGGACAUCCCGAUGGUGAGCAUGUCGUGGUUCCGAUCCUCGCCCCUUUGCCUCUUGCGGCCUUUCCUCUCGAGGAUUUGCCUUUUGAUGACUUGUCUGAUGAUGAUAUCGAUCUUUUUAUUGAUGGUCCCCCUGAUGAUGCCCAGGGUGAUGGAGUUUUAGUUGAGGAUGUCAUUGUUGUUCCACUCGUUGAGAUUUCUAUUAUUGAGGUUUCCUCUGAUCAUUCUGUUCCGGAUUCCUUUGAGUCUGUGUCAUCCACCGCCUUGCAUGCAGUGGGACUGCGACAUUACGCCCCUAAUACUGAUGACGACACAGCCAUGUCGGCUGCACCGAUUCCUCCACAUGACGUUGAGCCAGGACUUGAGCAUGAUUUUAUUCCUGUCGAUCAGCCUAUUGAUGCACCCGCUGAUCCUGAGCUGGUACCUGCCGAUCCUGAGCCUAUUAUACCUGCUCCUGAGCCUUUACCUGAUCAGGAUCCUGUGCCGUUUGGCAUACCUGUUGUUGCUCCACUAAUACCAGAUCCGAUUCCUGCACCCACUGACCCUGCUACUUUUGCCAUCACUCCCCCACCUACACAUGCACCUGUUGAUGUUGCCCCCUUUCCCCCGAUUGUGUCCGAUGUUCACCACACUGACCUGCCUAUCACUUUCUUGCAGGACAUUCCCGCACCCCGUCCAGGGGAAGGUCCGUCUAGCCAACAUCCUAGCCAUGUUCCACACGUGUCAGCAGCUUUUCCUCAUAUGCCUCAGUAUACACCUACUACUAAUUUUACUUCUUCACCACCAGGCGAGCCACUCAUAUGGUUUCCGCCGAACACCAUGCCAGUUUCUGAUCCCUACCAUCCCUCACACUUUAUUGGUUACACGAGGGAUGAGUUAGUCUUGUCAUUGCAGCUUCAGCAGGAGAUCCUAUGUCGUAGAGUUAUGGAGCUUGAGAGGAUUCCACGUCCUCCACCUUGUUCAUGCCCGUCACCUUUUGCGACUCCACCUGCUCCUCUUUUGCCUUAUCCAGAUUUUGAUGUUCGAUUUCUCACCAUGGAGCAGCAGAUCAGUUAUCUAUUGCGUCACGUUUACGACCUUGAGGAGGAGCUUGCGCAUAAGAUGCCUCCUCGAAGAAACAACCAGUUGCCUAUAACAGAGGCUGAACUACAAGAACGAAUUUCACAAGCAAUCGCACAGCAUGAGGCCUUGCGCUCUGAACACAGCGGAGGCUGCACUAACAAGCAGUUCCUUGACUGCAAGCCUCUGAAUUUCGACGGCACUGGAGGUGCUGUAGCUUUCGUUAGAUGGGUUGAGAAAACCGAUUCUGUGCUGAGAAUGAGCAAGUGUGCGCCGGAGCACCAGGUCACCUACAUUUCUGGACUUUUCCUAGAUGGCGCUCUAUCAUUGUGGAACCUCCAAGUUCAGACGAGGAAGCUGCAUAUGCUAUGA